AAAUGGACAGAAGUAAGCAGUCUGUCGUGUCGUCUAAAGUGAUUUCUAUAAACAUUUUCAUCUUCACCAACUGAAAUAAUUUAUAUUAUUAUAUUGCUAUAAAAUUACUAAUUAUUGAUAUUUAAAAUGUUUUUCAAUACAAUUGUAUUGAGACGAACUCUUCUUUCUGUGCAGAUUAUUCCUACAGCUUUCAUGGCUAAACAAAGCAAAAAAGACUUUGAAGCAAUUGAAACUUACAAUAAGUUGCGUAAAAAACCUUUAGCGGAAACCAGUUAUUCUGAUUCUGAGCUGCGUAGCGCUCAAAAGUUUUUUGAUCAAGUAAAAAAGUAUCGGCAGCUUUCAGAAGAGGGAUUUGAACCUUCUAAACUAUUUAUGGUGUGGCGAGUUGCACCCCUUAUUCACCGACCUAUUUGGGAGAAAGAAAUUAUUUUAAAACUAGGAUUACAUAAAGAUAAAGCAAAAUACGCUACAGUAAAAAAUACCGCAUCUAACAACAAAAUGUUGUGGAAAGUUAAACAUUUAAUUCGUCUUAAACCUAUAACUUUCCCAGACGGUUUACCCACAAAUGACGAUUUGUAUGGAACAUUUCUAAAACAAAGUGGUGAAUUAGUUAUUGCAGAGCGUUUAAAAGUUAAGCCUGAAGACUUGGAAAGGGAUCCUGAAUUUGAACGGGUUAAACUCGAUCAAAGGACUAUAAAAGAAAACCUGCGCAUCAAAUGGAAUGCUGGCUACCCAAAAAUGUAUUGAUACUAAACCUAUGUUUGUUAAAAUUAAUUUCUUACAUCAUUAAAAAGCAUAAUCUUAGUGCAUAUAAAUUGCUUUCAUUUUUAAUUUGCAUAAGGACAUUAUAUGAAUUUUUUUUAAGUUCGUGAAAUAUAAUAAAACCUUAAUCUUUAUUUUCAAUUUAUCUGUUAGAAAUAUAAGUAGAGUUGAAGAUUUAAACUGUGCUUUUGUUAAUAAAGUGUUUGUUUGAACAUG